UAGUCUGGAAGACGUGAGACAAGAAAGCGACGCUUGUCAAAAUCCGACACCCUAGCACGGGCAGCUUUGCUCCUGUCGAGAAAGAGAAGAAAAGAAAAAAAAAAAGAAAAGAGAGCGAGAGGGGUUGGCCACCGAAACCAAUCAGACUCCGUCCAGCACCUGAACCAUUCGUCGGAUUUUUUACUUAAAGCGAUCAUUCAGUUGGCGGCCGGUGGUGGGAAAAAAAAACAAACAAAAAAAAAAAAACCCAAAACGUAAUUUACGCUCAUCGGCUCCUUAUUGGUGACAACAUGGCUGAGUGUAACGUUAGCAUCGACCAGGAGAAACUACCUGGAGUGAAAGAGGUGUGCCGAGACUUUGCUGUGCUGGAAGACCACUGCCUUGCCUACAACCUCCAGGAACAAGAGAUUGAGAGCCACUUGGCAUCCAACGUCCACAAGAGCCGUCUGGUGCAACAGGACCUGCAGGUGGCCAAGAAGUUGCAGGAGGAGGAGGAUGAGAUUGCCAAGGUCGUGAUCAAGAAGCAACAUGUUGCCAUAGAGCGCCAAGAUAACGAGAUGGCCCAGGAGAUUCAGGACCAACUGGUCCGACAGGCUGAGCAACAACGACGACAGCAGGAGGAGAAAGAUGCGGCUAUUGCUCGUAAGCUUUAUGAAAAGGAGAUGAAAGAGGAAAGACGACGACAGAAACACCUGGAUGAAGAGUACUAUGAGAAUCCAGAAGCUGUGAGACAACCCCUCGACCUUGACAAGCCCACACGUCACACAUCGAGCUCCCCAGGCCCACACGAUCUGUAUUCUCCAGUGAAUUCCCAACGUGAUUACUCACCAGAUUCUAGUUUGGUAGAGUCAAAAAGGAGCAGGAAUCCGAAACAGGAUCCAACAGCUCUGCACAGCCGUUCCAGGUAUCCCGAGCAUUUCGUGGGUGGAGAGGGAGGGCGGGCCAGACAUGCCGAUCCAUAUCCAGAUGACUUGCUCUCCCCCAAAGGCAGGCAUGGGGACAGGUAUCCCAAUUAUGAACCCGCAGAAACUAGGAGACCACGUGACGUAAAGGCAGAGGACACCGAUAGAGCGGUGAGAAGAAAAGAGAGGCCGGCUCAUUCUCCACAGAGUCCCAAGGAAAGAGACAAGGGCUGGGAUAGAGACCGGGAUAGGAGACCUGACAGAGAGAGUGGCAGGGAAGUAGGACAUGACUAUCAUUUGAGGAAACAUCAAAGGUCAGACAGGGAGCAGGACAGGAGGAUGGCGAGAGGAGGAAAAGACGGGGAGCACUCCAGAGAUAGAGGACAUAGCGAGGACGGCUAUGAAGUGAUAGAGAAGCACACACACAGAGGCAAGGAUGGACAACAAGCAAGGGCGAAGAGCAGGGAAACGGUGCGUGAUAAUAUCAGCGAGCUGAGGGGGGGCAGAGUGUCCCGUGAGGAAGAGGAGGAUGACACGGAGAGGGCGAGGAUGGCCAGGGGUCGCCAGUGGGUUCAAUCCGGCCCCGACGAGGUGUUUGAAGAGCACAGGAACAACGAAAAGAGAGGUGGCAGGAGAGAUUUGUGGGAAUCUUCCAGGAGUCGUACACCCACCAACAACGAGACAGGUCAAAUUGUGCACAAAGAGAGUGGAGCAGUUGUUGAAGCAGAGUAUGGACUCGGCGAGGCCACAAGGGACCUGACCAAGAUGGAUUUGCGUGUGCAGGAGCUCAAGGACUUGGAGGUGGCCAAAAGAAUGCAGGAGGAAGAAGUCAAGGCAAGCAAGAGCCAUGUGCGUGCAGCCCAAGUUGCACAAGAUGAGGAAAUGGCCCGGCUGCUGAUGGAACAAGAGAAGAAGGAGUACAGAAAACAUCGAGAACGUGAGAAAGAGCGGGAGAGGGGACGGGAGGAGAAGGUACGGGAAAAGGACAGGGAGCGCUCGACCAUGGAGAAAAUGGCUUUGGAAAAGAGGCGACCGGAGGGAGACCAUCGGUCAAAUUCGGAUGACGUUGUUCGACCUCGAACCCGAGAAGACCAUGACCAGCAGAGGCACAGGAACCACCACAAGCCUACCAAGCCAUCUCAUCCUCGCCCCCAUGAGUAUGAGAAUGUGAACCCUGGUUACGGCUAUGCCGACCACGGUGCUCCCCAGCGGGUGUCUGCCAGACCUGAGGCCGCGUACAAAGGUGCCUAUUACAAGCGGUGACUCAGGCUCCAGACAGGCUGUGAGUCCUCCUCUGUCUUCUCCCUUAUUUAUCCUCAUCUUUGUCCAUUCACACUCUGCUGACCAAAAGCCUUGGGACAAUCUGAGUUGGCAAUAGAUGUUUUUUUUUUUUUUUAAAUUAUUAAUCAUCUCCCAUACCAGCCCCACUAUGAGAAAACAACCGUGCAGGAAUCUCACUCAUCUUUUUAACCCUUUUUUGGGCAUGGGGGGAAUAGUGUAUUUAUUUCUUAAAUUUAGAUUGUCAUACCUGUCAAAGAGCCCGAAGACCAGCCUCAUCUCAUCCCGUCAUCCCCAAAGUUCCUGGCGGUCUAAACAGAGGCUGCAUUUACUGCAAUGCGUCAUCACAAGGGCUCCGGGCCUCUGACCCACGCCGCCCCAUCCGCUCACAUUCCUUGACAUCUUUGUUUUCACGGGACGUGCCUGCUCAGUCCGGCGCGGCCUCCACAUUUGGCAGCUGCUUCUUCCACCUUAAAAGCUGUCGUCAUUGGUGUGCCAUGAACAAAAGUGCAAAGGAGACAUCUUUUUUUAUUUCAUUUUAUUCUAUCAAUCAAGAUGUUGGCAAUUGAUCCUUCACUUGUCGAAUAACCUUUUUUUCACACUCCAGAGGCUUUUGAUAAUGAAUGGAUUAUAUUCUGUGUGACUCACUGUUCCUGCUUUCAUUAUGGCAGAACAUUUUAAAACUACAAGCCUUUCAACGUCAUAUAAAAUAAACAAAAGCAGGGGUGGGGAACCUACGGCUUGUGGUCCAUUCAUGGUCCGCCAGAGCUUUUGAUGUAGCACACCAUACAGGUCUAAAAAUGGAUUAAAUUGGACUGGAGCUGUUACAAAACCAACAUUGCCAUAAAAUAGAACAAUAGGCAUGUUUUUGUUAAUCAUAGUGAAAUAGUUAUGAGCACAUCUACCAUGUUUGGGUUCAUGCAAGUAGAAUGGAAAUUGGCCAUAGGUGUGAAUGUGAGUGCAAAUGGUUGUCUCUCGCUCUGCCCUGCUCAGUCAGUCAGGCUUUGGCAAAUGAGAAGUGCAAGAUCAUUGCUUGUGCUCGUGAGACUGAAUAUCUGAUUAUUCAUUGCUGUGUGAGUGAGAGAUUUUUUUUUUCAUGUGCUACCAAACUUACCAAGAAAGGGAACAGUCACAAUCUUUCAUACUUCUCUGCUUAAAAAGGGAGAUGUUUAUUUUUAUAAUUUUCUGCUCUUCCCUCUGAUUUGUUUUUAUUAUUAUUUUUUUUUUAACAUAAUAGAAGCUCAUUUGGAAGGAAGGCAAUGCAUUCAAGUGAAUCUGCUUGGAACAGUGACUUCAAAUGCACACCAGUCCUCAAACGUUUGUUUUUACUCCAUGUUCCAUUCUGUUCAUAUUGAAUAAGGUGAGCGUGUAAGGAAAAAUUAAAUCCUUAAAUUGGUUUUCAAAUGAAAUAUAUCACCUUCCUGCCUCUAUCUCCAGCCGUGUCAUGUAUGAGUCAAUGGUUCAUUUGUAAUGUGUAUCGUAGCUAUUCUCAAAAUGGGAUUUGUGCCAUAUUUGUCAUUUUUUAAGCACUCGUGAAUGAAAGACUGGGCCUCCAAAAUCAAUUUAAGAGCGCCACCUUGUGGGGUUAUUAAGCAUGAGCACUUGUGAGUAUGUGUUUGUUGAUCUUUUCUGAUAAUGGACAUUGGGAAAUAGACAGAACUGCUCAGGAUGUGUGUACUAGUUUGUGAUGUGUAUUCACUUCAUGUCCAAUAUUGAACAGAUCGUUUUCUUUUUUUUACUUUUUUUUUUCAACAGGGCUUAUAUGCAAUCUCGUCUUAAAUCAACACGUGCUGGAACAGUUAGGUGAUUGCUUUUACUUAUUGCAUCAAAAAUUGUAAUAAAGAAGCUUUCAAAGUUGG